AUGUCUACUCAAGAAAGUCAAAAUACACAGACGCCUAUUAAAGACUUGGAAGAUAUUACCCUUACGGACCUUGGAGAUAAUUCCACCUUUAAGGCUAAUACUCUUUGGCAAGAUAGUCCUGCCCUUGUUCUGGUUGUUCGGCGUCCUGGGUGUCAAUUAUGUCGCGAGGAAGCUUUAAGAAUAUCCUCUUAUCGAGAUCUUAUAUCUGACAAACUGGGAGUUAAAAUGGUAGCAAUAGUGCAUGAGAACCUAGAUAACGAAGUUGAAGAGUUUAAUAAAGGAUAUUGGAAUGGCUUAUUAUAUUUUGAUAAAGAGAAAUCAUUCUUUUCUCAAGUCGGAGGUGGUAACAUACAAUAUGGAGGAAUGCUCAGCUUUUUAAAACCUUCUGUAUGGUUUAAUAUAGGACAAAACAUGAAAACUGGUAUCACCGGAAAUAUGAAAGGAGAAGGUCGAAUUCUAGGCGGUCUCUAUGUUAUUCAUCAAGGUUCAGGAGGUGUUGAAUAUCAAUAUCGAGAAAAGGUCUGGGGAGAUCAUUCUCCAUUCGAUCAGGUCUUAACUGCCGUGAAAAAGGUUUCUAAGAAAAAUGAUCCGGUCACAGAAGCUGUUUAUCAAGAAACUUUGGAUAAAGUAAAGAAAGGUGAGAUCGUGUUUAAUAAGGAUCUUAGAUCCGGUUGUACUGGUGAGAUGUGA